CGUUUGUCAUACUUCGAUGUGUCGUCCUCUCGACUCUUGUUAUCAACAUUGGCAGAUCAACAAACAAACAAACAACAACAAACGUUGUUACGACAAACAGUGUGCUGACGACAUCGCUGAGAUACAGGCAUGCCUACCGACCAGGGGAGAGAGGACGUCUUGCGUCUGGGGACGGAAGUCGUACGACCAGUCACAACCUACCACGAGCACUUCGAGGCAGAGUUUCAAAGAUCGGGCACAAAACCUCCACCCGUACCGUACGCAGAAGGGCCCAUGGAGCUGAAAAAGGACACCACCAUGUUCCACAGUCAUUACGUGCAUUACGGAAGGGAGGUUUUCAAGAAACAGUUGGAGAACAGACACAGGGAGGCAGAGCCGCUCAAGGAGAUGCACCAGCGCGACUCUGUGGAACUCAACCAGGUGAGUAAGGACUUCUACCCUGUACAGUCCUGCGCCAAUGACGACUACUGCGCACCGUCAAACCGCAAGAAGCUGGCAGACAUGUUAGCAGAAGACAACAUGAAGUCUCGUCAGAAAAACGCGAAAAGACGCCCCCCGUCUGACGACACCGACCCGUUCCCGUGGAGCGAGCCGGGCCGAGCCCCCAGCAUGACCGACACCAUCACCGGUCGCCGGGUCCGCCUGCACCUGGCACACUAAAGGAUGCACGGUUGUCUCCAGGGCUUACACAGGAACAACUUCUCGGCUCUAGGACUAACCUGCCCCCGAUCGAAAUUUUGCCACUGUUUCAGAGUUAAUCUUCCACUUUCACCAGUAUCAUAUGCAAAGAUAGAGGAACUACUUGCAUCACUUGUCAAAACGGUUAUAUGUAGCGUAUCAAAUUGUAUUGCACUUGAAAAUGACGGGUUUACCUCUAUUUGGUACCACUAAAAGCACACUAGCUGAA